UUUAUGUUAGUAUUAUUUAAUUGAGGUGAAUAUCUGCUAAAACAUAUUGCUCUGAAAGUAUGUUACUUAAAGAACAAAAACUAAGCUAAUAAUUUUCACGUUUGAGUGAGUGAGUGAGUGAGAAUGCAACUUAUAUUUGGAUGUAUAAACACCCUCACAUUGAGAUUUUUUUCUUUGGCACCACUGUAUUUUCGGACUUUGCCUUCCUGAGUAUUUCAGAUCAUGUGCUUACAGGGAUUUAAUUGCUAGAAAUGCAGUUUGAGCUGCAAAAACAUACUAUAACUCUAGUGUAUGUUUAGUACUUCUAUACUAGUCAAGGUAAAAACUGGAAAGAGCAACUUGAGUAGGUUUAAGCAGUUUUUAUUGAACAGACAUAAAAUAAGAAGUGCUCGUCCUCAACUGCCUUCUCGAAUUGCUCUCCACCAUUUCAGUGGGAUAGAAUGCAGUUCCUCGUAGUGUCUUCUUCAUCUGGCUACCUUUAACUUUCUUCAAACCCAAAAUUCACCCACGGUUUUUCGCUAGAUUACACCAAGAGCCCUUCAUGUGCUCCCAGGAAGAAGGCAACUAUUAUAAGUUGCAUCCUGACCCGGACCAGAAGAAAGUUGGGUUCAGCGAGCCGGGGCCCAUCUUCUGAGGCCGAGGAGCUCGUUGCUCAAAUGAUGAACAGUUUCACGGACAAGAAGCCUUUGGUGGCCACUCUGAACAAGUAUGUGAAAAUGGUGCGUACAGAGCACUGUUUCUUGCUCUUUGAAGAGCUCAGCAAGAGUGACAAAUGGCUUCAAUGCCUUGAGGCAUUCAGAUGGAUGCAACGGCAGCGGUGGUAUAUAGCUGACAACGGGGUUUACUCAAAAUUGAUAUCAGUUAUGGGGAGGAAAGGGCAGACCCGAAUGGCAAUGUGGUUAUUUUCCGAGAUGCGUAAUAGUGGGUGCAGGCCAGAUACCUCAGUGUACAAUUCGCUUAUCUCGGCCCAUCUCCAUUCCAAGGAUAAGCCCAAGGCCUUGGCGAAGGCGGUUGGGUACUUUGAUAAGAUGAAAGGGAUGGAAAGAUGUAUGCCCAAUGUUGUUACGUAUAACAUUCUUUUGAGAGCUUUUGCUCAGGCAGGGGAUGUUGAAAAGGUGAAUGAUUUGUGCAAAGAUCUUGAAGAGAGUGUUGUUACGCCCGAUAUCUUUACAUUUAACGGUGUGAUGGAUGCCUAUGGGAAAAAUGGGAUGAUCAAGGAGAUAGAGUCUGUGCUGACUCGGAUGAAGAGGAAUAAGCUGAAAGCAGAUAUCAUUACGUUUAAUUUGUUGAUCGAUGCGUAUGGGAGGAAGCAAGAAUUCGAAAAGAUGGAACAGGUUUUUAAGAGCUUGUUGCGUUCAAAGGAGAAGCCAACUACUCCUACGUUUAAUUCAAUGAUUACAAAUUAUGGAAAAGCACGGCUCAGGGAUAAGGCAGAAGGGAUUUUCGAGAACAUGACUGAUAUGGGGUACAAGCCAAGUUACAUCACGUAUGAAUGUCUCAUUAUGACAUAUGGGCGUUGUGACUCUGUCUCAAGGGCAAGAGAUAUAUUUGAUCAAAUAGUUGAAACGGAAAAGGAAAAGAAGGUUUCAACUCUGAACUCAAUGCUUGAUGUGUAUUGCAUGAAUGGUUUGAGUAUGGAAGCGCAUAUGCUGUUUGAGAGAAUGCAUCAUUCUAAAAUCUUCCCCAUUGACUCUUCAACAUAUAAGCUUCUAUACAAGGCAUACACUAAAGCAGAUAUGAAAGGGCUGGUAGAGAAAUUGUUGAAAUAUAUGGAUGGAGAUGGCAUCAUCCCUAAUAAGAGGUUUUUCCUGGAUGCACUGGGGGCUUUCGGGUCUUCAACUUCAAGCCAAAAGUCCAUUGAUAAGAAUAUUCAGUCAAGAACACAGGCAUCUAGGGCAAGGAAUUAGUCAAUUUUGUUUCCCAGGUAAGUUCCUGUCCAUUCAAAUUACAAGAUAAUCUACAGAAUCUUGUGUUACGUGCUAGCAAGCACAUGAUUUGUAGUUGUAGAUGCGUGUGUGUAACUGCAUUUGUCAUUUGGUGCACAUGAAUCAAGUUAAAUGAAAUAACAUUCUCAGUCUCUGAUUCCUUAUCAAUGAACCAUGAUUCCUUUUAAAUCUUUGUUGCAUUUUACAUACAAAGAGAACAUUAUGAACUUUCAUGAAAGAAGUAAUAUAACAUAUUAUGUUAAAAAGAAAUUAACUUUGGAAUAAUGUUGACUCACCCUUCUAUGUCCACAUUUUCAAUAUGAUUAUAUUAUGAUUGUAAAUUUGUAAGUUUGUAACAUACCAAAUACAAUCUAUGGCUUUAGGGGGACUGAAUGUAGUCUUCAGGAUUGAUCCCAGUGCGCUGAGUAAAUGAACAAGUAGAAACGUAAUCUGCGGAAUCUCUUAUCACCAAUAUUUGCAAUAUAGCAUAGACAACUACCAACAAAAUCUGAUAUUAACUUAUAAGUGUGGAGAGGGGUUAUGCCCUUUAUUUUUGGUAUUUUUUCCAUCC